AUUGCAGGUGGUGAGGAGUCGGCCAGUGAGAUAGGUGGCCAGAUGAACUAGAGCCAGGGGAACCUGUGGCCGUGGACAUGACUGAUCCGUUGGCUGUUUUCUGGUGAAUGGAUUAGGGUGUGCUGUGACCAUGCGUUGCCUGGCGGCCCGGGUCAACUACAAGACCCUGAUCGUCAUCUGCGCCCUCUUCACCCUCCUCACCGUGCUUCUGUGGAACCGCUGCUCCAGCGACACCGCCCUGCGCUUCCUCCCACGGGCCCCGCCGCCACCCCCCAGCGCCAAGGGGGGCGACGCCAGCAUUAGCAGCCAGCAGCAACCCCCGCAGCCCCCGGAGCCGCCGCCCAUAGUAGGCGGAGCUGCCGGCAUCAAGUACGAAGAGAUCGACUGCCUGAUUAACGACGACGUCACGAUAAAGGGUCGGCGGGACGGUGCUGAAGUGUACUUUCCUUUCAGCUGGCUGGAGAAGUACUUUGACGUGUACGGCAAGGUGGUGCAGUAUGACGGUUACGAGCGCUUUGAGUUCCAGCACAGCUACUCCAAGGUGUACGCAGCAGCGAGCCCUACCACCCGGACGGGCGUCUUCAUGUCCUUCGAGGCAUACAACGUGGAGGUGCGCGACCGCGUCAAGUGCAUCAGUGGAGUGGAAGGUGAGUCAAAUCCCUUGAGGCGCCAACAUUGAUCCGUAACACUGUCC